ACACAGAGGAGAGGGUCAGAAGAGCCAGGAAGCAUCCUGGAUCCAGCAAAGUCAUGGAUUGCUCUCCACUGCUGGUUUUCUCUCUUCAGUUAGUGCUCUGGACCACCACUCUAGUUGUUGAUGUUUCUAAUGGAUCAAAUGAGAGAACUCCUGCUUUCCUGUAUAUACCUCCUAGGCUGCCUCCAAGCAAAAAUGGGAUGGUUUCAUCUGAUCAAUCGUCCCAUCCAGAAAUGCCCUGUAACUUUGGCUGGAACUGCUCUUGGGUUACAUCUACUGAUGCCUCUGGAAAACCAGACUGGUUACUGUCUUCAGUGGUUGCUCUGACUUCCCGGGAAGAACAGCAGAUCAUGGAGAACAGCUCAUCCAACAGAGAGCUAGAACGGGACAUUCUUCUCUUGAACACUAGCAGGAUCUCCGACAGGUGCCAGUUCAGCCUCCAUAGCCCCAUCCUACCUUGGAGCUCCGUUUCCUGUCUGUUUGAGCUGGCAGUGUAUUCACUGGACCCCACUCUAGGAGGACUCUCUGCUGAAAUGCGAAAUAUUGACACUAACCAAAGUGUGGCCAUUCCUUUGCAAGAAGGACCAGAACACGAUGCCUGGGUGAAAUGGAAAGUGCUGGCAGGUUCAAUAGGACGAAUGGAGAAGCCCUUUGAAAUCACUUUGCUGUAUUCAAGCUGUGGAGAAAAAAGUUCUGGGCUUUUGGCACUGAGCUCUUUGCAGCUCAGAAACUGCUUUCAUGAUGAAGAAGGUCCACAUCUUUCCAGAUCUGACAAGAGUUCCCCUGUCCCUUGCCCACAUGAGGGUUGUGUCAGCCACCUGCAAGUCUGUGAUUUUGUCACUGAUUGCCCCAGGAAAAAGGACGAAGAAUCUCUCUGUGAUAAUUUUCCACAGGAGGCACAUUGUUCUUUUGAGGAAGGCCCUUGUGGCUGGACCUUGGGUGACAAUGCCAGUGUUUCCUGGUCUAUUAGGAGUUUUUCAAAAAUGCAUGAAGAUCUGUUUGAAGGAUCUGCCUUGCAUGCCACUAGAGGUCACUUUUUAUAUCUGCGUGUAGACAGUGAUCACACAGAUGGCACUGCCAGAGCAUAUAGUGCUAGUCUGCCAGCUGCUCUUGCCAAUGGAACCUACCAGGUCCAGUUCUCAGUGUACAUUUUUGGCCAUUACAAUGGCACCAUCUCACUCUCUGUCCAAGAAGAGGCAGGUGAAAUCAAUACUGCACCACUGGUGUGGGCAAAGACAGGGAGUUGGAGUGAUCACUGGUUUCUCAUAACUCUGGAAAUGCCAGAGCUUCAGAACUGGUUUCGGCUGCAGCUACUGGCCUCCUGGGGCUGGAAUUCACAAGUUGACAUUGCUGUGGACAACAUUACCUUCGGUCUAGAUUGCUUUUCUGAAGGAAGAAGACAAAGCCACCAUGAUGGAAAGCAACACUAUCCAUGGGAGACUGAUAUCAAGGAUGAGUGGGAAGAAACCCUUCCUUUAGAGGAAGAGCCGAUUUCCUGGUGGUUCACAUCUUGUGGGGCCAGUGGGCCUCGAGGGCCAACGCAAGCACAGUGUGAUAAUGCCUAUCGCAACUCCAACAUUUCCGUGAGUGUGGAGAAAGAUGGACAGUUUCAAGGGGUGCAAGUAUGGAGAGUGCCAGCAUCAAACCGAUAUAUGAUUUCAGCAUAUGGAGCAGCUGGAGGCAAAGGAGCCAAGAACCACAACAAGCGACCCCAUGGGGUCUUUAUUUCAGCCAACUUCCAGCUGGAGAAAGAUGAGCUCCUCUACAUCUUGGUGGGGCAACAAGGGGAAGAUGCCUGCCCAGGGGGCAACUCUCAGACUCAACAGAUCUGCCUGGGGGAGUCAGCUGAAAUUGAAGAAGAGUACAAGAAAGAAAAAAGACUAACAGAAUGGGCUGGAGGAGGGGGCGGGGGCGGAGGAGCCACCUACAUCUUUAGGCAGAAAGAUGGAGCUUUUGAACCUUUGCUCAUUGCGGCAGGAGGCGGAGGGAAGGCUUACAUGAAAGAUCAAGAUGGUUCCCUGGAUGAUGUGUUCUUGGAACAGUAUAUCAACAGCCCAGUAGUACCUGGACUCAGUGGGAGAACUGGGGCAGCAGGUGGAGGUGGUGGUUGGAAAGAUAUCACCCAAUAUUCUUGGUCUGGGAAGUCGCUUCUGGAGGGUGGUGAAGGUGGCGAGGCCUGCCAGCAAGCACAAGAAAAACUCCAGUGGACCACUUCAGGUGGUUUUGGCGGUGGAGGAGGAGCGUGUACAUCUGGUGGAGGAGGUGGAGGCUACAAAGGUGGUCAUGCUGCUGAAACCGAUGAUAUCACAGCUGAUGGGCAGCCUGGUGUUUCCUUUGUGAACCCAGUUGGGGAGAUCUUCUUGAGUCCCCUGGCAGUUAUGGAGAGUCAUGGUGAAGUAGUGAUCGAUGUCCACGUGAAUUGCAACCACUGCCAGUCCGGUAUCUGCAAGCCGAGUCUCGACACUAGCUUGCCGACCUGUAUUUGUGCAGUGGGAGCCAUCUUGGCCAGUGACAAUGUCUCCUGCACAGUUCUCCGUGAAUCUGUCCCAGAAGGACACCUGCCUCUCCCACUCCUCUUGGCUAUGGUUGCUGUUGUUGUAGUGCUUGGAAUGGCUCUCACUUGUGGCAGCCUAUCAAUUGUUUAUCAUCGAAAGAAACAGCAGCUGGAAGGAGCCCGAGCACGUCUGCAGAGUCCAGAAUAUAAUCUGAGCAAAAUCCGCACGUCUACCAUUAUGACAGAUUACAACCCAAAUUAUAGCUUUGCAGGGAAGGCAGCUACACUUAGUGAACUGAAGGAGAUCCCACGGAAGAACAUCUCCCUGCUUCGGGCACUUGGGCAUGGAGCAUUUGGUGAAGUUUACAAAGGGACGGUGGUAGGGAUCACAGGGGAUCCCAGCCCUCUGCAGGUGGCUAUCAAGACAUUGCCAGAAAUCUGUUCUGAACAGGAUGAGAUGGAUUUCCUAAUGGAAGCCCUGAUAAUCAGCAAGUUCAGUCACCAGAAUAUUGUGCAGUGCAUUGGUGUCAGUCUCCAGACCUUGCCACGCUUUAUCCUGUUGGAGCUUAUGACUGGAGGAGAUAUGAAGAGCUUCCUUCGGCAGAAUCGGCCUCGGAUGAAUCAGCCAUCCACUUUGACAAUGCAGGACCUGCUAAACAUAGCCAGGGACAUUGCUUGUGGCUGCAAGUAUCUUGAGGAGAACCACUUCAUUCAUAGGGAUAUAGCUGCAAGAAACUGCCUUCUGACCUGCACUGGGCCAGGGCGAGUUGCCAAAAUUGGUGACUUUGGAAUGGCUCGAGAUAUCUACAGAGCAAGUUACUAUCGCAAAGGAGGGAGAGCCAUGCUUCCAGUCAAGUGGAUGCCCCCAGAGGCUUUCUUAGAAGGAAUCUUCACUUCCAAGACGGACACCUGGUCCUUUGGAGUGCUGCUUUGGGAGAUCUUCUCCUUGGGCUAUAUGCCGUAUCCUUGCAAAACCAACCAGGAAGUGCUAGAGUUUGUCACCAGUGGGGGUCGAAUGGAUCCACCAAAGAACUGCCCAGGGCCUGUUUAUCGGAUUAUGACACAGUGUUGGCAGCAUAGUCCUGAGUACCGACCCAACUUCUCCACCAUUCUUGAAAGAAUCAAGUACUGCACACAGGAUCCUGAUGUGAUCAAUACAGAGCUGCCUGUUGAAUGCAGCCCAACACCAGAGGAUGAAGGAAGCACUGUGCUGCAUCCAAACAGUUCCAGUGGGAUGGUUCCUUUGCUGGGGAACCCUACCCUUACACCUCAGAUGAGCCCCAGAACCUUGGAAGACCAUAAUUCAGGGCACAAAUAUGAACAAUGCCCACAGGAGCUGGUGGUGGAGAACCUUGGUAACUGGAUAGCCAGAGGACCAGGCAUGCCUUCCUCCAGUGAUUCCAGCAGUGGAGCUUGGACCCAGUCAACCCUGAACCAGAAACUGGAAUCUACCAGUAAUCCAGUACAUAAGCUGAAGAAUAAAACAAAAAACCUUUGGAACCCAACUUAUGGAUCCUGGGUCCUGGAGAGCAUUUGCCAGCCCAGUCCUAGCUCUAAACUCAAAGCAACUCAAGAGCGAGAAGAUUCGGGGUUUGAUGGGAACUGCAGUUCCUCCCCUAGUUCCCGCACGUCACCAGAAUCUCCAAGUCAGAACCAUUCUCCUCACAUUGAUAUUGGUGGGAUCGAACUGGUGAAGCUACAGAAUUUCCCCUGCAGCAAUGUGAAUUAUGCUUAUGAUGAUCUCUGCUAUGAAACUGACCAGCCUUCAAUUUUGGCAGCAGAGUCAACCACAGUGUUGAGGAAUGCCAACCUGCAUCGAGAUGGCAAGCUUUUUUCUAAGCCAGAGAAAACAUCAAGGGAAAGAGACUCUGGCCUCUCCUUGUCUGAUGACCUGAGUGUUACACCUGUAUAACAGGGAGUACUCUUCCAAAGAGUCAGGACUUUGUUAUGGAAGUAUAUCUGAAAGAGCACUCAAAAAAUCCACUUUUGUUGUCCUCUUCCCUCCCAUCAUGUUCUAAAGGUGGAUAGGUUAAUGUUGUCUUGCUCUGGACUCUGGCACUGCAAACCCACUAUUCCAAAUGAUAACAUUGGUUCUAAUCUACUAAGCCAGUGUCAGUGUUUACAGGAUGUAAUGACGUCCUUGUUAACAAUGAAUCAGGGUCAAUGGUCCACAGACCUGGUCAUUUCCAGUCUGUUCUGGGGGGAAAUGCUCUCUACCAUCAAAUAAAUAGGUAAGAAAUGACAAAAUCAUGAGCUACACAUAGGCUAUUGUCCCCUAACAUCAUAUAUUGUUACAGUAUUGUAACAUAUUGUAAUUGUUUCCUACUGAUUCACCAGUAAGGCUGGUAUACUGAGUGGGAAACAUCAUCAGUUGGGUUUAUAUUGGAUACAGUGGCUGAAAAGGUAAAGUAAUACUAGUAAGAGAUCAUUGUAUUCACAAAAGAAAAGAACCAAAUUGCGGAAACAAGAAAAUAUUUGAUGCCCAGCAAGAGCAUUAGAAUUCAGAAAAUGAAGCAAAUUGAACUGAUCUCUUUUCUGAUUACUGGAAGUUACUUUGCAUCUAACUCAGAUGAUCUCAAUUCCUGACCCUGGAGGUUUCAGGAGUCUUAGAUACACAAUCCUUCUUUGUAUAUAGUGAACUGGACAUUUUGUUUUAAUGAACUUUAUUUACAAGGAGCUCUAUGUUCAAAUGUAGCAAGUAAUUCACACUCCAGUCGUAGUACAUUUUGUAAACUGAAGAUUUAGGAUUCAGUUCUUCUACAACAGGUGAGCUUCUCUGAGAUGAAAUGUAACAAAGGUUUUUACUUGAAGCAAAGCCAACCAGAAGCAUGUUAAUGUUUAGGGGAAAUCUGACUUAAUAGGUAAAGACUGGUAUUUGUUUUGAUCCCAUUACCAAAAUAUCUGAUAACUGUGGGUUACAGUACAUAUGCUGUAUUGGCAUGUUGAAUCCUGGAGCGGAAGCAUGUAAGGAUCCUUUGAAGUCUUGAUGUGGAACAUAACUGAUGAUCUUCAACUCACAGUGGCGGACAUACAAAGCAAGGAUGCUCCAGCACAGUGAAAGAGCAGCCUAG